CAAUACAAUUAGUCAACAAAAAUUUCUCGAAUAAAUAUGAUAGUUAAAAUUUGUUUUUAUAUAUUUUCAAUGUAAAUUCAUAAAAUUAUAAACAGAUUAUCCGUAACAAACGGAGUAACAACAUCAACCAUGGUUUACAUAGAUAGAGAUGGACGUGUUCUCAGCCAUCGACCUUGGAAUCUGGCUCGCGUUCUGGGUAUUUUCACAGGACUAUGGUUUACCAUAGUGUGUUUCAUGAGGACCCUUUUUGCACCAUUUACAAAUCAAAACAGAGGCAGUAAUGGUAGGCAAGGCGGUGGCUGGAAUUCUGGUGGUGGUGGCGGUGGUGGAGGAGGAGGUGGUGGUGGUGGUUGGGGCUCAGGAAAUAGUGGUGGUAACAAUAGUGGAGGUAAUGGAGGACUACGACCAAACAGACGUAUUGGUCGCAUAACGAAUUCUAUGGAUUGUAACAUACCUGGCGGUGGAUGAUCGCGGUAAUGUGUCCGUGCUUUAAAUAAGUGCUUAAGCUAAGUAUGGCUAUCACACCUACAUAGUUUUUGCACGCUCGGACACUGCUGAAAUUUAGUGUGAUAUUUUCUCUUUUGCAUUUUUAUUUGCACGUAUGACGAAUUACUUGUAAACUCAUAUUUGAGAGAAGUAGUUCUGAAAACUUUUGUAGAGGAAAUUCACACAACUAAACUCCACUUAUUUUUGAAGCUAUUUUUUAAAAAUAAUUAACAUCCUAGUACAAUUAUAAAUAUUAUUUAGAUCUAAAACUAUUACUAAA